CUCACAGCCAUGUGUGUUUAGCCUCUUCCAGUGGUGGAAAACAUGAAUUCAGAAACCACAGGAUUUAUAACAUCUGUCGAGAUGUCUGAUGAUCUUUCAUCAGCGUCAGAAACGUGCAAUGGGAGGAAAAGAAAGCGCGGCGCCCCCUCGCCGCACAGGGAGGCCGGGAGAUCGAAAGCAGCGGAGGAAGGCGAGGAAGACGAGGAGACGCCGACGCGCGGACACUCGCCGAGUGUUUCUGUGCUGCCCGACCGCCUUCAACAACCCAUUACACCCAGUGAGCUGACGGAGCUGCUGCACUACGCCGCGCUGGGCCAAACGGGUGGCGUCAAACAGCCCAGCUGGUGUUGCCUCCAGCAUCAGAAGAGGGUUAAAGCUGUGAACGUGGUGCUCGUGGAGGGGCUGACCCAGAGUCACUUCUACCAACACUUCCUCGCCCUGCGGCACCUCCGCACCAGCUACUCCACCAGGGUCACCUUUACUCCAUCGGCCACCAACCUGGCGUCAGGAAUCUUCAGCGGUGAAGUUCCUGAACCGGAUGAUCCGUCUCUUUUCCAAAGGCCCGGUGGAAGCGGUCGAUUGCCCAACGCGUUGAGGAUUCACCCAGUAAUCGCUCAGUUCGGGACCGAGAGGAGAGGACUGACGGCGUACGUUCUCACCCAGGAGGAGAUGAUCAAGAAACACUUCCCUGUCAAGGGAAUGCUGGGCUUUGAGGACUUCCUGUGCACGGACGCUGUUGACUGCGUGACCGACGGCAGCCCGCUGUACGGACUCGACUGUGAAAUGUGUCUUACAGGGAAGGGAAACGAGUUGACUCGCCUCUCCCUGGUGGACAGCGACGGCAAGUGUUUGCUGGACGACCUGGUGAGACCUCAGAACCGAAUAUUCAACUACCUCACCAAGUUCUCGGGGAUAACCAGGAAGAUGUUGCGACCAAUCACGAUGACCCUGCGGGACGUUCGACUGAAGCUCGUUAACUUGUUGCCGAGCGAUGCGGUUCUGGUGGGACACUCACUGGAAUGCGACCUUGUGGCUUUGAAACUGAUCCACCGGCACGUCAUCGACACCGCGCUGCUGUACCGGAAAGAAUUUGGACAAAAGUUUAAACUGAAGGUCCUGGCAGAGAGCGUGUUGCAGAAGCUGAUACAGACUGAAGAGACGACGGGUCAUAAUCCCAUUGAGGACGCUGCAGCCGCCCUGGAGCUGGCUCAGUAUUUUAUCAGAACGGGACCUCGUCAGGUUGUGGAGCUUCAUCUGGAGACGCUGUGGGGAUCCACGAUAGAGGAGGAGCCCUCUGAAUCUGAAUUUGAACCUGAACCAGAACCAGAACCAAGCCUCAGGUUCGCGGACAUACUGCAGACUCUGGGCCAAUCGGUGGCCUUCUUAGGAAAGCGCUCGGACCUCCCACUGGACCUGUCCAACCAGGAGUGGCACAACUCGGACAAAGAGGUGGCGGCCUCCUUCAGGAGACAGAAAAAGUGUCCGUUCCUCUCAGUGCUCCAGUUUUCUUCCCUCUCGGACCAUCUGAGGAGGUGCCCCCCCCCUCCACGGGAGCACCAGAGGGCGAUCCUUCGGGACAUGUGCGUCGUGUUCGCCGGGCCGUUCCCUGCUGGUUUCUCCGAGAGGAAAGUGAGGCGUCUGUUUUGCUGCUGCGGACCGGUUCGCAAUAUCAAAAUGUUGACCACAACCGUCAGGGUCCAUGCAGAGGUGGAGUUUGAGCUGCUGGAGGGAGCGACGCUGGCUCUAGAGGCGUUGAAUGGACUUAAUAUGCACGGGCAGUCCAUCAAGGUGCAGAGGCCCGUUCACGAGUCGAUGCUGGACCUGGAUCUGACUCUCGGCGCUUUGAUGGCCGACGGUCUCAACGCCCGCCGCCUCUACGUCAAGUUCAGCCCCGGUUUGGCGGAAGGCGCCCGCCGCGGUUUGGCGCUGGCCAACGGGCACGUGGCGGACGGCAGCGGCGCGCCGCAACUGACCGAGCGGGCCGUCAGAGACGCGUUCGGUCACUUUGGUCCGGUGGAGCGAGUCGUCCUGCCCGCCACGCGGGGGAAACGCGCGAGACACGCGUACAUACAGUUCGAGAGGUCGGCGGCUCGACGCGCGGCCCUCGACGCCUCGGGACGGAGGGAAGACUACCUCGUCUGUCCGUCCCUAACUCCGGCGCACUUGACCUCGUGGGAUGCCGGCGGCGGCGAGGAGAGGACCCACGCCGCGCACACCGGCUCUCAGGUGAAGACGAGGGGCGCGCCGACUCCGGCUGGUCGUCACACCGAGAAGAACAUGUUUUGGCGAGCGCGCCAGUUUCUCGGCUUCCGACCAGGAAAUGGAUCUCAUGCUGAGGAGGUUGGACCGCCGCCUGGGGAAGCUCUUCAGAUUCCUCCCAGAAGGCACCUUGUCCGUGGUCGUGCUGCUCGGACACGCAAGUGCCGAUGACCGACUUCCUGGUUUGUGCCUCGUGGAGGUCAAGCGAGGGUAGCGAGGAGAACGAUUCAACCUGAACUCACCGCCUCCAGACUGUAAAAUGUGGAUGAAAAAGGCAACUGUAACACUCGCAAUAUAUAUUUUUGGUGACUCGGAAAUAAUCGGCUAUAAAUUGAAAGCCGCCUUUGGUAAUGUGGACAUCGGGUGAAUGUUGCCACGUCUCCAUGGGAACCCCAGAUGGACGUCACGAGUGCGGUCGAGACAGGCGGGCUUUAGAGCUCGCGCCGGGUCGAGUCGCCAAGUCUUCCAGAAGAUUUGUUCUCUGGCAAGAAAUUAAAGAUUUAUGAGGUGAUUGAAGCCAAAGACUAACACCAUGUUGAGUGAAUGUUUCUAUUUUUAUGAAGUAAAACAGAUGAAUAUUGAA